UCUUUGUUUUGCCAAUUUUUAAGUGAAAAUGGGUACAAUUACGGUUGAUGGCACACAAGGAACAUUGGCGACAUUAGAUGACUCGUCUUUUUCAUAGUCCAGUGAUCAGUAAUCAGCGAUAUACCUUUUUUAAAGACAAUAAUAUUGUGCUAUUUCAGCUUGAUCCUCGACAAAAUGUUAAAGUAGGACACGCGGUGAAACUUUCACGAUGGUGAUGAACAACGAAAUGUAUAUUAGGUGUUACAUCGUACAUUUCCAACCUGACUCUACCGCUGUUGAGUUUCGACAUUCAGAUAAUAAUUAGCAGUUGUGCAUGUACCUAAAUGAGAUACUUAUGUAAACUGAUAGUGGGUGCAUUGAUUAAAUGCAAAACGUAAUGCAUCAGUAGCGCGUUCGUUGCAUCGGUUGAUAGGUGCAGCUAUCCAAAUAUUUUAGACGAAAGCAUGAACGCGCAGGAUAAAAUUCAAUUGCUGCUCACAGAAGGUUCCAAAAUAUCUUGCGAUGAAACGAACAAUAAUUUCAAAAAUGCCACAUACAUACCGCCGUUCUACAACGAAGAAAAGUUUAAAAGGGGCCAGCAGUUCUACAACAAAUAUUUGUUUUCGUUAUUUUUCGCCAAACUAAUGGGGUUGAUAGCGACAUUAUGUGUGCCUACAAUUCUUAAAAUAUUAAUGUUCACCGACAUGUCCGAUACACCAUACAAGGCUUACAAAAGAUACGUAGCCACCAUACUCCAUAUGAACGUCUGGUACAGGAAAGAUUUUAGACCGGAUUCGGAAUUGUGGAAGUCAGUUCGACUGGUAAGGGGUAUGCAUAAUUCUACAAGUGGCAGGGUUUGCAAAGCGGGCUUAUCAAGAAUUUCACAAAAAGAUAUGGCUCUCACUCAGUUCGGCUUUAUGGGCUUCGCUUUGUGCAGAUCUGAAAUGAUAGGCAUACACAAAGCUACGGACGAAGAAUUGGAGGCUUUUGUGCAUGUAUGGCGAGUGGUCGGAUAUUUAAUGGGAAUGGAAGAUAGAUUUAAUCUUUGCACUGGAACACUUGAAGAAAUCCGCGAGAAAUGUAAUAUUUUAUUGGAGAAGGUGUUUCUUCCCGAAGUCUCCAAACAGGAUCCCAAUUUUUUGAAAAUGACCAGCGCCCUCUUGACGGGGCUGUGGGUGAUGAACCCGAUAUUACAAGUCGACGGGUUUAUGACGUACUUUUAUAUGUUGGUUUCGGAAAAUAACAACAACAACAAUCUCCUUGCCAAGCAGAUACAAACCUAUAAAGGAUUUAUACUUGUUUCAAUACAGUGGACCGUCUAUUAUCUCAGAUACGAGUGGUGCAGGAUCAUCUUGAACUUUUUGCAGGCGAUGUCCAUUUGGCUUAUGAUUUAUUGUCCUUACCUGGCUUACUUUAAAUACGGCUAUCGUAAUACAAGAGUUAGAAUAUUUAGUUCCUAAAACUUAUUAGGUACUUUCCUAUUUCAUCUUUCUAAUACUUACGAUAAAAGGUGUAAUAAAUAAUCUGUCGCUUGUAUAAACAGAUACUUAUGAGGUGAUAAGACGUUAUAAAAAUUGUAUAUAAUCUGUUGUUUCUUUUUA